AGCCCCGAGCCGCCCGGUCCCGUCCCGUCCGGCCAUGGCGGCGUCGCCCGGUCCCCGCGGGUUCCAAUUCGCCAUCGACCGCGGCGGCACCUUCACCGACGUGUUCGCCCGCUGCCCCGGCGGCCGCGUCCGCGUCCUCAAGCUGCUCUCCGAGGAUCCCGCGUACCCCGACGCCCCCACCGAGGGCAUCCGCCGCGUGCUGGAGGAGGAGCGGGGGGUGCCGCUGCCGCGGGACCAGCCCCUGGACGCCACCGGCAUCGAGUGGAUCCGCAUGGGGACCACGGUGGCCACCAACGCGCUGCUGGAGCGCCGGGGCGAGCGCCUGGCGCUGCUGGUCACCCGCGGCUUCCGCGACCUGCUGCACAUCGGCAACCAGGCGCGCCCCGACCUCUUUGACCUGGCGGUGGCCAUGCCCGAGGUGCUGUACGAGGAGGUGAUCGAGGUGGACGAGCGGCUCAUCCCGCACCAGCCCGACUGCCGCCUGCCCGGCAGCGCCAGCCUGCCACGCCUGGAAGGCACCACGGGGCCGGCGCUGCUGGUGCAGCGGCCGCUGGAGCUGUCGGCGCUGCGGCCGGAGCUGGAGCGGGUGCUGGCGCGCGGCAUCCGCAGCCUGGCUGUGCUGCUGCUGCACUCCUACGCGUGGCCGGGCCACGAGGAGCAGGUGGGGGCCCUGGCGCGGGAGCUGGGUUUCCAGCACGUGUCGCUGUCCUCGUCGGUGGCGCCCAUGGCGCGGGCGGUGCCGCGCGGCUACACGGCGUGCGCCGACGCCUACCUGACGCCCUGCGUGCAGCGCUACCUGCGCGGCUUCCGCGCCGGCUUCGCCGACCAGCUGCGGGACGUGCCGGUGCUGUUCAUGCGCUCGGACGGCGGGCUCACCCCCAUGGAGCAGUUCGGCGGCGCGGGCGCCAUCCUGUCCGGGCCGGCGGGCGGCGUGGUUGGCUACGCCGCCACCGCGUUCCGGCGCCAGGAGGGCCGGCCGGUCAUCGGCUUCGACAUGGGCGGCACCUCCACCGACGUGAGCCGCUACGCCGGGGACCUGGAGCACGUCUUCGAGGCCACCACAGCCGGCGUCACCAUCCAGGCGCCGCAGCUCGACAUCAACACCGUGGCGGCCGGAGGAGGCUCCCGCCUCUUCUUCAGGUCUGGGCUCUACGUGGUCGGUCCUGAGUCUGCGGGUGCCAACCCCGGCCCUGCCUGCUACCGCAAGGGGGGUCCCCUGACGGUCACCGACGCCAACCUGUGCCUGGGCCGCCUGCUCCCCGAGUUCUUCCCGCGCAUCUUCGGGCCGGGCGAGGACCAGCCGCUGUGCCGGGACGCGGCGGCGCGGGCCUUCCGCGCCAUGGCCGCCGACAUCGCCGCCUUCAACGCCACCAGCGGCCCCGGCCCCGGCGCCGAGCCCUCGGUGGAGGAGGUGGCCAUGGGCUUCGUGCGGGUGGCCAACGAGGCCAUGUGCCGGCCCAUCCGCGCGCUCACGCAGGCGCGGGGGCACGACACGGCGCAGCACGUGCUGGCGUGCUUUGGGGGCGCAGGGGGGCAGCACGCCUGCGCCAUCGCCCGCGCGCUCGGCAUGAGCCGCGUCUUCAUCCACAAGCACAGCGGGCUGCUGUCGGCGCUGGGGCUGGCGCUGGCGGACGUGGUGCAGGAGGCGCAGGAGCCGUGCGCGCUGCGCUACGAGCCGCAGAGCUUCGCCCGGCUGGACGCGCGGCUGGACGCGCUGCGGCGGCGCUGCCGGGACGCGCUGCGCCAACAGGGCUUCUCCGGGGAGCAGAUCCGCACCGAGGGGUUCCUGCACCUGCGCUACGAGGGCACCGACUGCGCCCUGAUGUGCUCGGCCAAGGGCCACCCGCCCACCGACCGCUCCUGCCGCGCCGGAGACUUCCUGGCCGCCUUCACCAGCCGGUACCAGGCGGAGUUCGGCUUCACCAUCCCGGGCCGCGCCGUGCUGGUGGACGACGUGCGCGUCCGCGGCACCGGCAGCAGCGGCGUCAGCUGCGACACCCCCCUGGAGCCCAGCGGGAAACUGCCCCGCGUGGAGACCGUGACGCGGUGCUAUUUCGAGGAGGGGUACAUGGACACCCCGGUGUUCCUGCUGGAGGAGCUGGGCUGCGGCCACAGCAUCCCCGGCCCCGCCAUCCUCAUCGACAAGAACAGCACCAUCGUGGUGGAGCCGGGCUGCACCGCCAGCAUCACCCAGUUCGGUGACAUCGACAUCGCCGUGGGCUCAGGGACCCCACGCGCCGUGGGGCCGCAGCUUGACGCCGUCCAGCUCUCCAUCUUCUCCCACCGCUUCAUGAGCAUCGCAGAGCAGAUGGGCCGUGUCCUGCAGCGCACGGCCAUCUCCACCAACAUCAAGGAGCGCCUGGACUUCUCGUGCGCGCUGUUUGGGCCGGACGGGGGGCUGGUGUCCAACGCGCCCCACAUCCCGGUGCACCUGGGCGCCAUGCAGGAGACCGUGCAGUUCCAGAUCCGUCACCUGGGCGAGGAGCUGCGGGACGGGGACGUGAUCCUGAGCAACCACCCGAGCGCCGGCGGCAGCCACCUGCCCGACCUCACCGUCAUCACCCCCGUGUUCUGGCCCGGCGAGCCCCGGCCCGUGUUCUUCGUGGCCAGCCGCGGGCACCACGCGGACAUCGGGGGCAGCACCCCCGGCUCCAUGCCCCCCCACUCCACCGCGCUGUGCCAGGAGGGGGCCACCUUCCUCUCCUUCAAACUGGUCCAGGGCGGCGUCUUCCAGGAGGAGGCGGUGACCGAGGCGCUGAUGGCGCCGGGCCGUGUCCCCGGCUGCAGCGGGACCCGCGCCCUGGGGGACAACCUGUCGGACCUGCGGGCGCAGGUGGCGGCGAACCGGCGCGGCAUCCGCCUGGUCACCGAGCUGAUCCAGCAGCACGGGCUGCCCGCCGUGCAGGCCUACAUGGGACACAUCCAGGCCAACGCGGAGGUGGCGGUGCGGGAGAUGCUGCGGGGCUUUGCCGCGGGCGGGAGGACGACGCUGGAGGCUGAGGACCAGAUGGAUGACGGGUCCCCCAUCCGGCUGCGGGUGCAGCUGGACCCCCGCGAGGGCAGCGCCGUGUUCGACUUCUCGGGCUCGGGCCCCGAGGUGCUGGGGAACCUGAACGCUCCCCGCGCCAUCACGCUGUCGGCGCUCAUCUACUGCCUGCGCUGCAUGCUGCGCCGCGACCUGCCGCUCAACCAGGGCUGCCUGGCCCCCGUGCGCGUGCUGAUCCCCAAGGGCUCCAUCCUGGACCCCUCCCCCGAGGCCGCCGUGGUGGGGGGCAACGUGCUGACGUCACAGCGCCUGGUGGAUGUGAUCCUGCGGGCGUUCGGCGCCUGCGCCGCCUCGCAGGGCUGCAUGAACAACGUGACAUUCGGGGACUCCCGCGUGGGUUACUACGAGACCGUGGCGGGGGGCGCGGGGGCGGGGCCGGGCUGGCGCGGCCGCGGGGGCGUGCACACGCACAUGACCAACACCCGCGUGACCGACCCCGAGAUCCUCGAGACCAGGUACCCGGUGGUGCUGGGGGGUCUGGGGGGUCUGGGGGUUCAGGGUCCCCCACGUGUCCCCAGGUACCCGGUGGUGCUGGGGGUUUGGGGGUUCAGGGUCCCCCACGUGUCCCCAGGUACCCGGUGGUGCUGGGGGGUUUGGGGGUUCAGGGUCCCCUGUCCCCAGGUGCCCGGUGGUGCUGGGGGUUUGGGGGUUCAGGGUCCCCCACGUGUCCCCAGGUACCCGGUGGUGCUGGGGGGUCUGGGGGUUCAGGGUCCCCCACGUGUCCCCAGGUACCCGGUGGUGCUGGGGGGUUUGGGGGUUCAGGGUCCCCCACGUGUCCCCAGGUACCCGGUGGUGCUGCGGCGGUUCGCGCUGCGGGGGGGCUCGGGGGGCGCGGGGCGCUGGCCGGGGGGCGACGGUGUCAUCCGGGAGCUGCUGUUCCGCCGGGCCCUGCUGCUGUCGGUGCUGAGCGAGCGCCGCGCCGUGCCGCCCUACGGGAUGGCGGGGGGUCACCCCGGGGCGCGGGGGCUGAACCUGCUGCUGCGCCGGGACGGCCGAACCGUCAGCCUGGGGGGGAAGAGCUCGGUGACUGUGGAGCCGGGGGACGUUUUCCGCCUGCUGACCCCCGGCGGGGGGGGCUACGGCCCCCCAGGAGAGGGGGAUGGGGCCGGGGGGGACCCCCCCGGGGACAGGGGACCCCCCCGGGACCCCCGGGACCCCCCGGUGCCGCCGCGGAGCUUCCUGGAGCGCGGGAGCCUCUUCGAGUUCCGGCGCGCGCAGGAGACCGUGUGAGCGCCGCCCCACAGCCGGGGGGCAGCCCCACAGCCCCCCCACAGCCGGGGGGCAGCCCCAUAGCCCCCCCGCCAUGGGGCAGCCCCACAGCCCCCCCACAGCCGGGGGGCGGCCCCAUAGCUCCCCCUCCAUGGGGCAGCCCCAUAGCCCCCCCGCCAUGGGGCAGCCCCACAGCCCCCCCACAGCCGGGGGGCAGCCCCAUAGCCCCCCCGCCAUGGGGCAGCCCCACAGCCCCCCCACAGCCGGGGGGCGGCCCCAUAGCUCCCCCUCCAUGGGGCAGCCCCAUAGCCCCCCCACCAUGGGGCAGCCCCACAGCCCCCCCACAGCCGGGGGGCAGCCCCAUAACCCAACCACACAUGGGCCAUGGGGCAGCCCCACAUCCCAACUGCACAUACAGCCAAUGGGGCAGCCCCACAUCCCAACCACACCAUGGGGCAGCCCCACAACCCCCUAUGCUAUGGGGCAGACCCUCACGCCCCCCACGCGAUGGGGCAGCCCCACAUCCCAACUGCACACACAGCUGGAGGGCAGCCCCACAACCCAACCACACCAUGGGGCAGCUCCGCAGCCCCCCCACCACGGGGCAGCCCCACACCCCCCCCACAGCCGGGGGGCAGCCCCACAUCCCAACCACAUACACAGCCCAUGGGGCAGCCCCACAUCCCAACCACACACGCACAAUCUGUGGGGCAGCCCCCCAAACCCAAUGCACAGCCCAAGGAGCAGCCCCUCAACUCCAGCUCUGGGGGGCUGCCCCCCAACUCCAGACACGCACACACUCCGUGGGGCAGCCCCACAGCCCCAGGUACAGACCCCAGCGCAUGUACGCACACGCCGUGGGGCAGCCCCCCAACCCAGGUAUGCACAUUCUAUGGGGCAGCCCCCCAACCAGCUACGCACACACUAUGGGGCAGCCCCACAACCCAGCUACGCACAUUCUAUGGGGCAGCCCCCCAACCCAGCUACGCACACUCUAUGGGGCAGCCCCCCAACCCAGGUACGCACACACCGUGGGGCAGCCCCCCAACCCAGCUAUGCACAUUCUAUGGGGCAGCCCCCCAACCCAGCUACGCACACGCCGUGGGGCAGCCCCCCAACCCCAGCACUCCAAGAAGCAGCACCCCCCUCCAUACACAAUCUAUGGGGCAGCCCCCCAACUCCACAGGCACUGUGGGGCAGCUCCCCACUCCCACAGACCCCAGGGGCACACGUGGGGCUCAGCCCCCCCAGUGGAGGGACCGAGCCCCGAAUGUCGGGGGCUCCCCCCACCCCCCAAUAAACGAGCCCUCGGGCCCCACCUGC